GUCCUCUCAACGAGAUCAGCCGAGAUGCAGUCCACCAUUAUCUUCGCAUUGCUGAGCUGCGCCAUCGGCGCUGCUUUGGCCCAUCCGAUGCCCGAGGAUCUGACCAUGAAGCCCACUCCACCACCUCAGUAUCCUCUCAAUCUGCAAGGCGGAGGAGGAGGCGAGAGAGGCGACGGAUUCGGCUUUAAUGUUAAAGGUCAACAGAAUAUCUGGACCAGCGACAACGGACGCCACGAGAUCGAUUUGACUGGAAGAUAUGGCCAGCAUUUGGGCGGACCAUAUGGAAACUCACCACCCAGCUAUGAUUUUGGAGGCAUCUACCGCUUUAGAUUUUAGUUUCCACUUUGUGGCAUGAAAUUUGUUCGCCAAAUAUAUUAUCAAAUACAACCAAAUGAAUAACUGAUCAUAAUUUCUCUAUCUAAACUGUCAUUUAAGUUCAACAAUGUUCAUAUUUAUUUUGAAAUAAAUUACCAAAUAUAACCAAA